AUGCCACAAGUAACUAGGAAACCCGUUCGUGUUCCUAAGACAAUGUUCGCUCCAUCACGGGUUGAAAUUAAACAAAGUUCUGAAGAGAAACGGCCAAUACGGUGGGACAUUUUCAUAUUUGAUAAUUGACAAUUUGUGUACAUUUAACAUUUUAACAUGAUUUUGUAUAUUGGUAUUUAUGUGUCAACUAGUACAUUAUCGACAUGCAUUAGUUAAAUCUUUACUAUAGCAUUACAUAUGAAAAGCUAGUUCAUGAACUUACAAGUAGUAUUUCAUUUCAAGUACUUAUUUUUUUAACUUUUUGAGAGUUAUAAUUACAACGAAGUGACUAUAUGACCGGCAGCCGGUCACGGUUUAUCAAAUACUAAAUGGCCGGCAGUCUAGUGACUAUUGUUAAAGUUGAAUUUUUAUAAGAUAAACCUAUCCCCAACCCCAAACCCUUUUCUAACCCUAAGUCCUAACCCUAACCUUUUGAGAGUUAGAAAAGUCGGGAAAAAAAGUUUAAACAUUUUUAUGAAAAAACAAUGCUAAGUCAAACAAAACACAUCCCGACCCCGACUGCGUUUAACUUUUCGCACGCAGCGCCCUUGCCGUAUGAGCUAACGGCAAGCUCGGUAAAAGUUAACGCAAACAAAAGUUUUUAUAUUCAACUAUAGUCACUAGACUGCCGGCCAUUUAGUAUUUGAUAAACCGUGACCGGCUGCCGGUCAUAUAGUCACUUUGUUAUAAUUAUGAUAGAAAACUAGGCAGAAAAAAAAGUUAAAAAAAUUUUAAGAAAAAAAAAGCUAAGUCAGACAAAACACCCAGACUAUGUUUCACUUUCCGCACACAGUGCCAUUACCGUAUUACCAAGGUGCAUUCCCAGACUGCAUUUUCUCCACCGUGCGCGGAAGAUCUUCCGCGCGCAUUUUUGAUGCUUUCUAUAUAUUUACUAUUAAAUUUUCGAAAUCUUCCGCGCGCAAUUUCCAAACUUUGCAGUCUGGGUGCAUUCCAUGUAAACUCUACGCCGAAGAUACGCCAACAUUAACUAUAGAUAGUAUUGUAAUUUGCCAAACUCACACAGGAUAUCUUCGCACUUUUGUGCACAGAAUGCACCCUAGUCUCCUACGCAGCCUGUUCGCGGGUCCGAGGUUUUCUGUACGUGGGGAGAAAACCUCGGACCCGCGAACAGGCUGCGUAGGAGACUAAAUGCACCCUGGAUAUGCUUUUAACGGCACGCUCACUAAAAGUUACCACAAACAAAUGUCUAUCUGUGUGUUUGUCCGUCUGUCUGUUGGUGUGUGUCCGUCUGCUUGUCUGUUGAUAGGAACAUUUGUGUGACUAUAGUGGCAUUGCCCAAGGACAAAUUGAUUAAAUUUUGGUUAAAUUUGGAUGAACAUUCAAUGAGAAGUUAGCAAAACAUUGUUGUGCUUUACUGGGCUGAGUAUAAGUUGAAUAAUUAUGUAAUUAGCCGAUUGUGUAAUUGAUGUGCAUGAUUCAUAAUUUAAUUUGCUGGCACUGAUAUUCAAUCUUUCAUUGCCCAGAGGCGUAGGCAGGGGGACCCAUCCCCGCCCCUGGUAAAAUUUUGCCCCCCCCCCCUGGUAAAAUUUUGCCCCCCUUGAGAAAAUUCAUUCUAUAAAAUAAGUGGAACCUGGCCCCACCUAGAUUUUUGCUCCCCCCCUGACCAAAAAUCCUGGCUAUGCCUCUGUCAGUGCCCUCAUUUAUUAAUCUUUAUAUUUGUAAAUACAAUUUUCUAGGGCAAAGUUGAGAGUAUCUUCAAGUCGAGAGUCCAGAGUGAAUCAUGAUAAACCAUGGGAAAACAUGUCAUUGGCUGGUGCGUUACCACCACUGGCAACCACAGUUACGUCAAUCAAUCAAUCACAUGAAUUGGAGGUAUUAAAAAUAGGGAGAAUAUAAUACAUUAACAAAUUAACUCUUUAAGAGCCAAUGCACCCUGAUAAACUCUACUUUAUUAUUUAAAUUUACUCUGUCUAAACGUCAGACAAUUUUACUCAUCAAGGGGAGAGUCAGUGCUGCUUUCACUCAAUGGGUUUAAUUAAAUUAAGCCCUUUGAGUGGCAUUGCACACAAUGUGUCCUACUUUAAUUGUUAUUUUAAUUUGUCCACUGACAAUUUUAACUCUGUGUCAAAGUAAUGGUAUUCAAUGGAUUAAACCAAUUAACAUGCAAAACUCGUCCCUUGACGAGUAAAAUCGUCUGGUGUUAGACAGAGUAAAUACUAAAGCAGGGCAUGUGGGGUGCAUUCCAUGUUAACUAAAGGUUGACAGGACGUAAUGGCAGAUAGUCUUGUUAACCCAUUAACGUCCAAGACUCUUCCCUUGACAAGUAAAAUUGUCUGGCAUUAGAUAGAGUAAAUGCUAAAGCACAUUGGGGUGCAUUGUGCAUUAAGGGUUAAGAUUACAGGACACCCUUUUUGGCGUUUUGCGGAAAAUCGCUACUGCGCGCUCAAUAUCAGUCCGAUUUUCAUCAAAUUUUCACCAAAUGUUCUCCAGUGCAUGUAAAAUAUGGUAAAGUUGUAAAAUUAGCAAGCAAUAACAUAAUGUAAGAAUUAUUCAGGAAAAUCUUAAAUCACGGUACCGUUACGCUUUUGAGUUGUGCUCCUGCUGGUUUUAAGUUAUAUUUAUGAAAAUAUCAUUUUUAUACAGUAAAAUAGUUGUUCUAAAAAACUGUGUUCGGAAAUUUUUGUUUAUUUCAUCAUUCCACUGAUUCUUUGACGACUGCAAUAUAUUUCUGAAUUGUUUGAGUGAAUUGCUCUUUAUUUUUAAAAUAUUCAAAAUGAAAAAAAAAAGCCGAACACCAUUUUGAAACUGACGUCUUUAGCUAUGUCCUGUGAAAAUUUGAGAAAAAUUGGUUAAAACCCGCAGGAGCACAACUCGUUUGAAAAUCAGUAAUUCACGUAAAAUUUUUCGGGAGAAAAUUGAAUUUGAAUAUUACAUUUUCAAUGUUUUUCUUAUUGCAGCGAAAUGUAUUUUAUUAAAUAACUCUGCGAGUCUUCAACAUUUUUCGUUCAAACUUGGUCAGAUAGUAGAACUAGUCUAAUGCUUUCAUGGAAACAAAUAAAAAAAAUUUAGACAAAAUUGACACUCAAAGGUGUUCUGUAACCUUAAUCAGAUUGUUUGGACCACAGAAUAUUUUUUAUUUAAUUACCUUUCAUUUGAACUGUAAAAUGACGGAGUUAAUGUUUUGUGCAGAGCACUCGAAAUGUGGAAGCAGCUGAAGCCAGUGGCAACCAAACAUCGUCUGACUGGCUUGUGAGACACAGCUUGGAGUCUGAGGGCCUAACAAUUGAUCAUCUCAUGAAGCAAGGAAUAUUGAUCAGGUUUUUUUGUUCAUCAAUAGAUUGCCUGUUACAAUAUAUAACAAAUUAAUCAAUCAAUAGCUCAAUUGAUUAAUCAAUAAAUUACUCAGUAAAUCAAUUGAUCACUCACAUACUUAACGAUUUAAUCAAUAGAUGAACUAAUUGAUAGAUCACUCUAUCAAUCCAUUGAUCACUCUAUCAAUUAAUAGAUUAUUCUAUCAAUCAAUAGAUUACUGUAUGAAUCAAUUGAUCACUCUAUCAGUCAGCAGAUGACUUAAUCAACCAAUUGAUAGAUCACUCUAUCAAUCAAUAGAUCACUCUAUCAAUCAGUAGAUCACUGUAUGAAUCAAUAGAUCACUCUGUCAAUCAAUAGAUUACUCUAUCAAUCAAUAGAUCGCUGUAUGAAUCAAUAGAUUACUCUAUCAAUCAAUUGAUCACUCUAUCAAUCAAUUGAUCACUCUAUCAGUCAGUAGAUGACUCAACCAACAAAUAGAUUAACCAAUUGAUAGAUCACAUACUCUAUCAAUCAAUAGAUUACUCUAUUAAUCAAUAGAUCACUGUAUGGAUCAAUAGAUUACUUUAUCAAUCAAGUGAUCACUCUAUCAGUCAGUAGAUGACUCAAUCAACCUAUAGAUUAACCAAUUGAUAGAUCACUCUAUCUGCAUGUUUAUCAAUCAAUCAAUAAAUCACUCUGUCAAUCAAUGAAUGCCAAUAAAUUAAUGAAUAUAUUACCUAACCAAUCAAUCUGUCGUUCAAUACAUCAGCCAAUCAUAACCUGAGUCAACAGAACUUUAAGUACAUCAGUUUUGUUGAGUUCAUCACUAAAUUCUACAUUUUGUUUAACUUUGUUAACCAGACCUCCUGCAGGAUACCCAGAUACCACUCCUCAUUUGAAAUUUGAAGCAAAAGUCAUUAAACAGUUUGAAUUUAAGUUGGCAAGACUCGUUGAAGAAUGUCAAAAACGAAUUGACUGGCUCAUGGAGGGAAGUCGGAAGGUAGACUCUUGUUCAAACUUUCGUUUUACUAAAUAAAUUUAUAUGUUGAUGAAAUUUUAUAUUGGAGUGCAUCAAUCUUGGGUCUGGCCAACCCCUGUGUCUCUUUGGAAAGACCCAGUCCUAAUAUUAUUUACCUGAAUCCCAAUCUAAUAGACUAAUUCAGUUGAUAGACUUUAGAACUGAUAGAAAGUUUGAAAAAUGCCUGACUCAGGCUGACUGUAGUUAUCAAAUUUUUUGUAAUCUUGUUACAACACCUUGGAACACGAAGUAUGAACAACUCCAGUGCUUAAUUAGUUCCAUUUAUUCUGGAAAUCUAAUGAUCUAUGUGUGUAUACACAUUUGGUCUUACCCAAGACCAUUUCUAUCAUAAAAAAUUACAACUGUUACUAUAGUUGAAGGUAUGAGCUCCUGAUAUUGGCAAUCAGUGGAACAACUAAUUGUGAUAUAUUUAUAAAGUGUCAAAAUCAGAACAGCAAAAACUCUCUAAGCGUAUUAAAUUAUUUUUUCAGAUUUCCUAAUAAUUAUAAAAUACAAUAUAUGAUGCAUUUUGUAGAUAUUUGGUUUACUGAAAGGACAAAGAGUGGCCAUUCUUAUCGACACGUCCGAUGCAAAUUGUGGUUAUGGACGGCUUGAUCUUUUACAGCAAUCACUACAGGUGCAAAAUUACGAGAAUUAGCAAAUAUGAUUGGCAGACAUUCCAACUCUCCCGUUUUUACCGGGAGUCUCCCGAAAAUUCAUGCAACUCCUGGUCCUGGUCUCCCGAUUUUUAUGAAAUUCUCCCGAUUUUUCAGAAUAUUCAGGAAAUAUCGUAAAAAAUUAUAAAUAUACUGUUUUUAGCACCAUAAUAGUCUGUCUUGACCUUUUUAUGAAGUUACUUUAUGGCAAUUUAUAGGAUCACUUAUAACAACAUACUCCCAAAAUGCAGGAAACGCCAUUUCAGAAGACUUAAUUUUUAUUGUUUUUUCCCAAAAGAACUAGAUUUGAAUUCAUUGAACAGUCUCCCUAAAUUUUACCUCCAAUAGUUGGAAUGUCUGGAUUGGCUUACUUUUGUCGUAGACGAAAUGUUGUAAAAUACGGAAAAUAUAGCCUUGCGAAGUUUGCAUAUUUUGUACAUGUUUGUAUUACGUGCGGAAAUUGUUACCAUUUUUGAGCCGAAAAUGGUAACAAUUUCCGCACGUACGUAAUACAAACAUUCCCUUCUCUUUACUUAGAUUAAAAUUUAGUCUAUAACAUGCAAGUUGUCCAUUAUAUGUUAAUUGAAAAAACUUUCAAUGAAUAAUUUUCGAAUAGCUUCACUUAUAUUGCACUCUUCAAUCACGAAUUAACAAAUGUCCACCCACAAAUUAGAACUACUACACAUAGGCGUCGAAAGAUCGAUAAGUGAGCGCGGGACCAUAUUCAUAUAUUCGUGUUCUGCAUUAUUAAUUUCUUUUGGAAUCGAUUGUUUUUAAGGUAUGUGAACACGAAUAUAUGAAUAUGGUCCCCCCACUUAUCGAUCUUUUGACGCCUAUGCUACUACAUCAUGUUUUAUGUUCUCCAGUGAAAGUUAUAUACAACAAGCAAUGAGCGGAUGAUAUCGUUUAUUUUCAGGGAUUAAUUAAUGAACAACUGGUAAACAAAGACCAGCUAUACUUGCUUUCAUUUGGUUCACAAGUUGAUCCUAUCUGGGAAGCGAUUCAUGACGUAAACUGUAGAAU